GCCAAACAUAUACUUCUACAGUUUGCAUUUUCCCACACGCGCACCCCUGAGCGCGUGGAUACCUUUUGCUCGAUGAUUGACUCUUUAUUUAAACUUUUUGCUUUGAUCAGAUCGAUUCCAAGGACGAAUCAAACCCUAUCGGUGAUUAUACACGAAGAAGAAGACGAAGAAGAGGAAGCCAUGAGACGAAGCAAACGUCCUGACCUCCACUUGCCACUCCCUAACCGCGACGUGGCUCUCGCUGUCCCUCUCCCUCUCCCUCCUCCAUCCUCCUCCUCUGCUCCGGCCUCCUCCUCCGCCAUCUCCACCAACAUCUCCGCCGCCAAAUGCUUAUCAGAGCUAGAGCGCGUGAACCGUAUCGGCAGCGGCGCCGGAGGAACGGUCUACAAAGUGAUCCACCGUCCCACCUCCCGUCUCUUCGCUCUCAAGGUGAUCUACGGGAACCACGACGACAACGUGAGGCGCCAGAUCUGCAGAGAGAUCGAGAUCCUGCGCAGCGUUGACCACCCCAACGUCGUGAAAUGCCACGACAUGUUCGAUCACAACGGCGAGGUCCAGGUCCUUCUCGAGUUCAUGGACAAAGGCUCCCUCGAAGGCAAACACGCGCCGCGGGACGAGCUCGCUAACCUCACGCGCCAGAUUCUCAGCGGCUUGGCUUAUAUCCACCGCCGUCACAUCGUCCACCGCGACAUCAAACCGUCCAACCUUCUCAUAAACUCGGCCGAUAACGUCAAGAUUGCUGACUUUGGAGUGAGUCGGAUCUUGGCGCAGACCAUGGAUCCUUGCAACUCAUCUGUCGGGACCAUCGCUUACAUGAGCCCCGAGAGGAUCAACACCGACCUGAAUCACGGACGUUACGACGGUUACGCGGGGGAUAUAUGGAGUCUCGGUGGUUAGCGUCUUGGAGUUUACUUGGGGAGGUUCCCUUUCGCUGUGAGUAGACAAGGUGACUGGGCGAGUUUGAUGUGUGCUAUAUGUAUGACUCAGCCGCCGGAAGCUCCGGCGACGGCGUGCUCUGAGGAGUUUCGUCACUUCAUCUCUUGUUGCUUGCAGAGUGAUCCUCCUAAGAGAUGGUCUGCUCAACAGCUCUUGCAGCAUCCUUUUAUACUCAAAUCGAGUGGUGGUACGAAUCUUCGUCAAAUGUUGCCGCCGCCUCGUCCUCUCCCUUCUUCGUCUUAGUUGUGCUUUUUUUUUUCUCUUACCAUUUUCAUGUUUUAUAAGUAGAAGGAGGUUGUUGUGAUUGAGGUUAAGGUAUAUGAUUGGUCAGGAAAGAAACUUGGUUUGAGUCUUGUGAAGAUGAACUCGUCUUGUUUUGUCUUUGGGUAGUGCUUAUAUUGGUUAUGAAUGAAGAUCGGUUUGGCUUUGCA